AUGUUUGACUUCUUCAGCGGCCCCAAGGCCCCGGAGCGGAUACCGACGGACCGCGUGGUACCCGUGGGCUUCUUCGACAACACCAUCAUAUUCAGGACGUUUGUCCUGUACACCCUCUUCGUCUUUGACGACGUCCUCGAUGUCUCGAGGCUUCACGACGCCCUGGAGCGCGUGGACAAAGGAGAUCUCGAGCACCACAUCCCCGCCUCGUUUUCCGAAGCACGCCCAGCCGUCGGCUUCGACCACCUCGACCUCAGCAACAUCGCCGUCGAGGACCACCACACCGGAUCCCGCAUCCCCCGCGCCCCGCGCGACGGCCGCCCCUCCAUCGUCGGCGACCCAGACGACCUGUCCGAGUUCGUCUACGGGCCCGAGGUGCCGCGCAAGCUCGAUGACUACAUCUACACCGACCGGCCCGAGAUCGGCCUGCGCGUGGUGUCCUUCCGCAACUCCACCGUCGUCGUGCUGCACUGGAUCCACCUCGCCUGCGACGCCAUCGCCAAAAAGGCUCUCAUCAACGCCUGGAUCCUCGCCCUGAGCGGGCGCGAGGACGAGAUCCCCGAGCCCCUCGCGCCCGACGACUACCCCUCGAGGCCGUGGGCGUCAACCCCACGGAGCCGCAUUUUCUCGCGCCGCGCCGCAAAACCUAUUUGGCUCACCAAUGUUUGCAACCUGCAGGUCGCCGUCCAGCAAGCGUACCAGUGGCGCCCCGUCCUCAAGGACCUAUUCCCGGAAAACAAGCCCUUCCUCAGCAACUGCGUCGGCUUCCUCGUCACCCUCCUCCCGGUCCACGAGGUCCUCCAAAAGCCUCUAAGUCACCUAGCCUCGCGCAUCCGCGCCACCAUCCUCGAGCAAGGCUCCCGCGACCAAGUCGAGGCCUACACGUCGCUCAUCCGAGAAGACGCGGCCAACCGCGCCCCGCCCUUUUUCGGCGAGAGCUCGAUGCAGCUGCUCAUGUUCUCUAACUGGCGACAGGCGGACAUGUACGGCACGGAUCUCGCGGCGGCGGCGGUCACGCCCCGGACCGCGCCGCUGCGGCCGUCGUACGUCCAGAGCAUGCAAGGGCCGUAUAAUUUCACCGACGGCCUCAUCAUCGUGGCAAAUCCCCCAAUUGUGCAGUUAAUUCAGGCACAGCACGGCACCAAGCAGGGAUUCGGGGAUAAGCCAUUCGUCACCCCGGGCCACCCCACCGAGAUCCACGUCCCCUUCACCGAAGGAUGCCUCUACUUCCGCCGGCGGCCCAGCCUGCUCAACUUCCCGCGCGAGAUCCGCGAUCUCAUCUACCACUUCACCCUCGUCGAACCCCCGCGGUGGACCAAGCACCACAACGCCCUGUGCCGCUACGCCGUCGUCGACACCGCCACGUGCGAGCGGCCCCCUUCGUCAUGCCGCCCCCAUUUUUGGUCCAGCAACGUCUUCCACUUCUGGACCGGGUUCGAAUUCCUGCGCGACGUCCGGGAGAACCUGCGCGACGAGUACAAGGCGCUCAUCCAGCACGUCGUCAUCAUGCACCACACCAUGCACGAUUUCCCGGACCCUGGUCCCUUUGACAACGUGGACCAGUGCGCCGUGUGGGAACUCGUGCUCACCUGUUCCGGCCUCCGCUCGCUCGAGGUCCCGGACGACAUGUGCAACGCCGCGUCCGACUACCCCGAGUACGCCGCCAAGCUGGCCGACCUGCACAUCAUGAUCCCCGGACUCUUUGUGCGCGCGGCCCUCGACCUCCCCUUUGCCCGGUACGCCACGCUCGACGGGCCCCGCAGCGGCCCCCAGCGCGCGCGGGACGACGCGCGGGACUUCCGCACCAACUUUUGCCUGCACCUCGCGCACCUCGUCACCCACGGCCUCGGCUUCCGCGACAGCCACGUCUGGUACUGGCCCAUCCGCCGCAGGGUCGGCUACCACUACUACUUCCACGACUACCCCGCCGAGUGCGCGCGCCUGUUCCUCCGGGACCCGGAUGCGACGCUGCGGCUGCGCGACGGCUCCUACGUGGACAUUUCCGUGUACGGCGUCGGCGCGACCCCGCGCGUCGCGGCGGCGCGGCAGCGGUUGCGCCGGUGGGUGGGGAGGCGGGCGCAGCUCGGGUUGCCGGAUCCGCCGGAUAAGUUGAUGCAUUUGGAGUUUGAGCGGCGGGCGAGGUUGCGGGAGCUCGAGGCUUUCCGGGCGCGGUUGGUGGCGCUCGGCGAGGAGGAGGAGGAGGAGGUUGUGGAUGGGGCCGAUGGCUCGGACGCGGAGGAGAAGAGCAAGGCCGAGGCUGUGCUGGGAGCGGGGAGGGGAAGCCGGGGAAACCGGGGAAGCCGAAGAAGCCGCUUCCGAAUAAGGAGGAGCGGACGCAGAAGAGGGAAGAUGCGAGUUUUAGAGCGGUGA